GCUUAAUUUAUUUCGUCAGUGUGUUGUCAAGGACGUCAAUCACAUUAUUGUUGUUGUUGUAACUUUUCUUCAGCGCGAAAGUUUUAAAACAUUUUCUUUCUGUGUAUAAUGUCAAAAAACAGCGAAACGAAUCAAGUAUUCGUGGGCAGCACACCUGAAGCACAAGCUGCUGAAGAAUCAAACGAAGAAACCACAUUUGAAACUAUUUCGUCAGCCUGUCACGAUAUAAGGCAACAAUCAUUAAACGCAAUCAUGAAAUGGUCCCAGACUUUUGGUGACAGCGAGAAAUUUGACAAUUUUUAUCAUACCAGAAUAGAUGAAUUAAUCAAAGAGGCCAGUCAGCUAGAGCAGACGUUGAUCAGACAAAAACAAAUGUUAAAAGAACGCUUAAAAAACCUGACCAAGACCUUGGCGCUGGUUAGCGAGAAUGAAAGUUAAAUAUUAAAUUUAUAUACAUGUUUUUAUCGCAGUUUGAAUUUAAAAUUCUUCUUUAAAUUCAUUGGUUUGAACAAGUACCUGUGAAAGUUAAUGAUGGAUUGGUUUUUUUGGAUGAAAAUGAUACUACAAAUAAAAUUGCAAAUAAAGAAA